CUCAUUAGACUUUCACAUUUUCGUUAGUUCAGACACGCUGAAAACUUUUUCGGUCUGCUACAGAUUUUUAUUUUUCGGCAAUUUAAAAUUUGAAAUCUUAAUUUUUUCCUUUUUUGUUGAUUUAUUCUUGUUUAUCGAAAUUCUUGUUAGUCGCAGGCCGGCUCUCUGAUGUCGAAAGAAGGCUCUGGAUCAUGCGGUUGCCCCAAUCCCUCAUGCAGGCCGCCGCAAACACAGCGACCAACUUGUCGCCCACCACCGACGCUCUUCUCGAGGCUCAACUGUACUGCCUGCAAUCGCUUGUUCUUUUUCAUUGUCGGUGCAGGAGUCGCGAUUUACUAUGACAAACUGAAGGAAGCGGCACGUAAGGCCGAAGAGGAGGCGAACAAAGACCCCAAGCAGAAAGAGAAGGAGCGCAAGGAGAAAGAAAAGCAGGAGAAGGCAGAGAAAGAUAGAAAAGAGAAAGAGCGUAAGGAGCAGGAGAAGAAGGACAAGGAGCGUAAGGCGAAGGAGCAAAAGGAGAAGGAGAAGAAAGAAAAGGAGGAAAAGGCAGCGAAGAAGUGAAAAUUUUCCAUGUGCGAAAAUGAAGCGCCAUCGAUUAUCAAAUGCAAAAUUUACAAAAUGUAUAAAAAUGUUUAAAGCGUUAUAAAACAAUUACAAAAUAUUAUACCAACAAUUUCCAAUUAUCACAA